AACAUGGCGGCGUCCUGCGUGCGAACCGUGGGCUCCUUCAUCGGAAAAUGUGGACAUUGCAGUUUGGGUAUAAAUACAAUUACAUCGCAGGUGAGCCGACAGGUCCUGAACAGGCAGAUAUGUGUGAGCUCUGCCCUCCACGGAAAGAACAUAGCAUCUAUGGGACCGGAGAAAUUCACGGCGGAGUUCAUCCAGAAGCAGGUGGAGGAGUAUAACAUUGGGAAACGACACCUGGCAAACAUGAUGGGAGAAGACCCUGAGAACUUCACCCAGGAGGACAUAGAUAGAAGCAUCGCCUACCUCUUCCCCUCCAGCCUGUUUGUAAAGGAAGCCCGGCCCGUCAUGAAGCAUCCAGACAUAAUCUUUCCAAAGCAGAAAGCGGCCCAGUGGGGAGAGGAUGGACGGCCUUUCCACUUCCUGUUCUACACAGGCAAACAGGCAUACUACUCCCUCAUGCAUGAUCUGUACGGAAAAAUCCUCAAGCUAGAGAAGUACCAAGAUCGUCUGAAAGUGAAGGGACUCUUCUCCAGUGAAGGCAAAAAGGCGUCUUUGGGAUUGAGUCGAUGGUUAACGAAGGAGGAGCUGGAGCAGCUGCUGGUGCAACCCACCUCCCAACAGGAUUAUAAUCACUUCAUCCAGCUGAUAGAGCGCCUACUGUCCAUGCCCUACAGCGGCACAGAAGAGGAGUUUAUCCUCCGUUACCGGUACCAACUGGAGGCUGAGUCCAGGAAGCAAACUGUGCAGCCACUACAGAAGGACGAAAAGGGCGUGGCCUUUAGCUCCGCAGAGGGCCGGAGAAAGACGUCCAACUCAUCAGUGAUCCUCAGAGACUGCGGGUCGGGCCGAGUCACUGUCAACGGCCAGGACUACCUGCACUACUUCCCCUUCCUCCAACACAGGGAGCAGCUGAUGUUCCCUCUACAGUUCGUGGACAUGCUCGGUCGCUUCGACCUGCAGUGUACGGUGAGUGGCGGCGGACCCUCCAGCCAGGCAGGGGCGCUGCGGCUCGCCAUAUCCAGAGCCCUGCUCAGCUUCCUGUCUGAGGGAGACAUGGAGAACAUGAGACAAGCCGGUCUGUUGACUCCUGACCCCAGAGUACGAGAAAGGAAGAAGCCAGGCCAAGAGGGAGCACGCAGGAAAUUCACCUGGAAGAGGCGCUGAGGAGGAAAACCCCAAACCCCUGACCUGAACCUGAAAAUGUCAGAUGCAGAAACGUGUCUCUGUAUGGAAUAAGUGCCUGCACUUGUUUUACAAAACAGCUGCAGUGAACUCCUUCACCACCAGAGGGAAGUCUGUACCGAGGAAUUUAUAUUAAAUGUCACUGUUAAAUAUGUUAACCAAUAAAUUAAGUUUUCAUA